GUACUCAUGUUCGGAGUGCCUGACCCCAUUUGCAAAAACUUCUUCCACAGCAGCUUUAGCACUUGAUUCCUCAGUGUAAGAUGACGAAUAUCAUCGAAAAGCCCACUCAACAUCAUUCCGAGAUGUCGAGCACAUCCUAUACAACUCGACCCAACGAUAUCUCACCCACAAGCGUUGUUAACGACUGCGAUCAAUGCUCUCGGUACCCCAAUCGAUGGUCAAACAUCAGGGAAUACAUCUCCGCACCUGCAGCCGAGUUCAUGGGUGCCUUCAUUUUAUGUGUGUUUGGGUGUGGUGGCAAUUGCCAGGCGAAUCUUUCCGCCAAUACAAGUGUGUCUGCCAGCCCUAAGGGCGAUGUUGUCACGUCCAACCUCUGUUGGGCCCUUGGACUCUCCCUCGGUGUGUGGAUCUCUGCAAACUACUCAGGUGGUCAUGUGAACCCUGCGGUCACCAUAGCGCUUGCUACUGUCCGCGGGUUUCCCUGGAAGAAAGUUCCCAUCUACCUCCUCGCGCAACUUCUGGGAGCCUUGUGUGGAUCAGGUGUGGUCUACGCCACUUAUUACCAUGCAAUCAACCUCGUCGAAGGGGGUUCCAAUAUUCGUACAAUUGCGGUAACUGGUGACCUUUUUGCGACUUACGCAGCCGAUUACCUCACUCCAGUCUCCGCCUUCUUCACCGAAUUUGUAGGGUCUGCUAUGCUCAUCACUGGAAUUUUCAUGUUCACAGAUAAAACAAAUGGCCCUACACCUCCCGGCGUGCUUCCUGUUGGUAUAUUUUUUACAGUCCUUGCCAUCAGCUCUGCUCUUGGCAUGAAUACUGGAGCGGCCCUUAACCCCGCUCGUGACCUGGGCCCCCGUCUCCUCACUGCCAUGGUUGGAUAUGGUCGCGAAGUCUUCGAUUUCAGGACGCAAUAUUGGUUCUGGUGCCCUAUCCUUGGCCCGGUUUUUGGCAUGAUUAUGGCUGCGUUCUUUUACGAUGCCAUGCUGUACAAGGGUUCCGAUAGUAUUUUGAAUAAGCCGACGGAAAAGGCUGAAAGGCACCACUUGCACUUAUGCGCUCAACGAACCAAUAGGCUUCCUGUGGUUGCAGACACAGUUUGACGGCAAACGCUUGGUGGCAUUGGUGAUCGAAUGAUGCUCCAGGUGUACUUUUCACUGAAGUCCCGAUGACCAUCAUACUGCAUAUUUCUAUUCUAUCGAAGUCCGUGAAAUAUUAUUGGUUUGUGUUGACCUUCUGGUAGGAGGAUUCCUGAGUGACACUAUGUAGAGGUACUUUGCCUCGUCCAAUACACCGUGAAGAGAAUUUCUCUAACAAUUCAAGUUUUUUUCCCUUCAAAUCAAGUAGACUGACCGGAUCCUACAA